CAAUUAAAUUCACCGAAGAAAUGGUGAACCAAAGUGUGGAUGGAUUUGUGUUGAAACACUUAAAGCUCAUCGAUUUGGAGCAUGAGGAGGAAAUACACCAAAACAAGUCAUACCAACAGAAGCUAUCGCUUCCAGAGCUCCAGAAUCGUGGCAUUUGUCUCAUGAAGUUAUGUAAACAGUCGAUGAGAACCGGUCUUUACGGGCGAACUAUCAUCACAUUUGCUCCCAAGUGGUCGACGCAAGAGUUGGCGCCGAACGCCAUAUCCAGCGGUGAUAUCGUUGGCGUAACCGCUGGUCACGAGUCUCUGGUGUUGGUGUCGGGGGUGAUCCUAAGAGUGGAGUCCAAAGGCAUAGACGUGGCCUUCGAUGAAGACAUUGGUGUUAUAGAUAAUUAUGAAGACAACCAGAGGUUUAACUUAAUAAAGCUGUCCAAUGAUGUGACGCAUAGGAGACUCAAACACGCCUUAAAUGGUCUCAAGAAAUACAGUUUAUCUCAUCGUCUCAUUGAAGUGCUUUUCGGCGAAACACAGAUCACACAGAAGGCCACUGAAGGCGAGACGAAAAUCACUUAUUUUAACCACAAUUUGAAUCACUCGCAGAAGAAGGCCAUAGAGUUAGCGCUCAACCAGAGGGAAGUGGCGCUAAUCCACGGCCCGCCCGGCACUGGAAAGACCACUGUUUUGAUUGAGUUUAUAAUGCAAUGCGUGACUAACUAUGGUCUCCGAGUGCUGGCCACCGGUCCCUCCAAUGUUAGCGUUGAUAAUCUGGUGGAGAAGUUAGCGCAACAGGGAAUGGGAGACCAGAUUGUGAGACUCGGACAUCCGGGCCGAUCCAUAUCACACCUGCACUCGUAUUCAUUGGACGCCGCAAUCGGCCGAUCAGAUGAUUACACAAUUGUGUCGGAUAUGAGAGCAGAGAUCCAACAAAUGGUGACAAAACGAAACACUCCUUUCAGUGAAAUAAAAAGUUUGCGCAAAGAGUUGAAAGUAAGAGAGAAAAGGUGUUUAAAACAAAUACUAAACGAAUCGAAAGUUGUCUUAACGACACUCACCACCGGUUCUCCUGAGGGCUACUUAAAAUUACUACUCGAUUCUGAUGGCUAUUAUCCUUUCGAUGUGGUUGUGAUCGACGAGUGCUCGCAAGCGAUAGAGGCCUCGGCGUGGGUUGUGUUGAACUGCGCGCACAAAUGUGUUUUGGCCGGAGAUCACUGCCAACUGCCGCCCACUAUCUUAUCGGAAAAGGCGGCAAAAGAUGGUCUGGAGGUCUCACUAAUGGAACGAUUGAGUAAAGAGUUUGAAGACAAACAAAUCGUCCAAAUGCUUGACAUCCAGUACAGGAUGAAUGAACUGAUUAUGAACUGGUCUUCGCAAGAAUUUUAUUCAAAUAAAUUAAUAGCUCACGAAUCGGUGAAAAACCAUUCGCUCAAUGAUAUCAUAAAUGAGUCAAAUAUCGCUCCUCUGGUGCUCAUCGACACCGCCGGCUGUGAUAUGAAUGAACUGGACUUAGAGGACGAAGAGUCGAAAGGCAAUGAAUCGGAAGCGGACAUCGUUUCCAUAUACGUGCGAACACUUCUGAACAAAGGGUUCAGUGAGUCCUCCAUAGGGAUCAUCAGUCCCUAUAACCUUCAGGUGCAGCUCAUUAGAGACCGACUCAAAGAUCACUCGAACAUUGAGAUCAAAUCUGUCGAUGGCUUUCAGGGCAGAGAAAAAGAAAUCAUUGUUUUAUCGUUUGUUCGCUCAAAUGAUCGCAAAGACGUGGGAUUCUUGUCAGAGCGCCGGAGGAUUAAUGUGGCCGUCACUCGAGCCAAACGACACGUGGCUUUGAUCUGUGAUUCGGACACUGUUUCUAAUGACUCGACCAUUGAGUCACUUAUCGAUCACUUCCACCAAAAUGGAGACAUUAUUAGCGCUCAUGAAUUCAAACAAGAGAUGCAAAGUAUGACUCAAACAGAAAGGCCUUUGAAUUUGCGAUUUAAGACCAAAGAAGUGACGAAUAAGAAUCAAAGGAAGUCCGAAAAAGCUGAUCCAAAGACUAAACAAAUAUUUAAGAAAAGGGAACAAAAAACAGAACAAGAAUUAGUGGAUUUGGGGAAAGAGUCGGAGUUUGAAAAAAUGAUUUUGCAUUUCAUUGCAGACAAUGAUUCAGAUGUGUUUGAAUUUUCUCCUCAAUUGACUUCUUUCGAAAGACUUUUAGUUCACAAAAUCAGUGAAUCACUUGAUUUGAUCCACGAAAGUGUUGGUGAAGGACAGGACAGACAUAUUGUGAUCAAAAAGAAAACAAAAAAUGUCAACUCAAAUGACACCCAAAUACCAGUCGCUGUUUGCGAACAGGAAUCGCAAAUCAUUAAGAAUGAGGAUAAUUGUGGUGAACGUAAAAGUAUAGCCAAAUCAAAGCCACAAACAAAUGUAGAGUCCGUUAAACAAAAGACGACUAAAAGUGAGACCAAAACUAAAAAGAUGGCAAAAGACUUGACAACAAAAAUAAAUGCGAUCGACAACGAAGACAUCGACGCACUCAUAGCCGAAGUGAAAAAGGCUGACAACACUUGUCAUUAUUCGAGAUGUAAGACAGGUAUCAGUGUUUUGGGACAAAAGUGUCAGUUUUGUGGCCAUAACUUCUGUAUGAGUCAUUCGAUGCCUGAAAUCCAUGGCUGCGGCGAAAGAAUUAGAGAAUAUUUGCGAUCAAACGCCAGAAAAGAAGGCAAACUGAGCGCCGGUUCGGGAGUGACCGUCAAAAAGCCAUUGGAUUCACAUAAACGCAAUUAUUUAGAGAAAAAACUAAACAAUAAAUUGAAUGAUUUGUCAAACGAAAGGAGAGCAAAGAAGGGCGAGAAAUAGUUUUCAUAUGAAUUGUAAUUAAAACUGUAAGACAUUUAUAGUAAUAAUAAUAAAUAAAUUGAAUUUAUUUUUUUAAUUUUUUACAUUUGUCGACUUGUGUGUAAUGGCAAAAAUGUGUUGAGUGUUAAAAUUUAAAAAUAUUAAACGAAUCAAUAAACGAUUUAAUAAAAUACUGAUAA